AUGAGCAGCAGCAACCACAACAAUGGAUCACAGUUUGGGGACACUACGCUGACCAAAGUGUUCGUCGGAGGUCUUGCUUGGGAGACUCCCAAAGACACGCUCAGACAACAUUUUGAAAAGUACGGCGAAAUCCUUGAAGCUGUUAUCAUUUCCGAUAAGGUUACCGGCAGAUCCAAAGGCUACGGAUUUGUAACGUUCAAGGAACCAGAGGCGGCAAAUAAGGCUUGCGAGGAACCGACUGUCAUGAUCAAUGGCCGCCGGGCAAACUGCAAUAUCGCAUCUCAUGGUGCUCGCCGUCAAAGGUCUGCUCCCGCCACUCCUCCUCUUUCUCCUCCAACACUUCCACCGCCAUACACACAAGGAACGAAGAACCGUGAGAGCCAGCAGGUUCAGUGGUAUUAUCCGGUGGGAACACCCACACCUGCACCUCCUUCUCCAUUCCAUCAUCAAGCCAUUCCUUUUUACGGGUAUACGCCGAGCAGCUACAUUGCACCGGAUCAUAUGAAUUACAAUUAUUAUAACUACAAUUACAAUUACAACUACAACCAGAAGCUGAACUAUGGAAUGGGUGGGGUGUAUGUGUACCCGACUCGGCAGGGUGUUGUUCCAGUGAUGCAUCCUUUCUACAGAACAGAAGCUAUGGGUGUCCCUGCACCUCAAAUCUUCCAUUAUGCCCCCUCCAUCACUCCUACUACUAUUACUACUACAGGUCCAGUUGGCACAGGUGAAUGCUUCAAAAGAGUAAUGGUAUGA